CGCGUCGCAUUCUGUUCCGACCGCCGCACGCAGCACCUGCGCACGCGCACGACUCCAACGCGAACUUUGUAACGUUUUAAAUAUGUUUCCGAUUACAGUGCUGAGGUGAAAAAUUAAUUUUCGAUUGUUUUUUUAAUAGUGAACCAAAGUGAAAUAAAGUGCGAUAAAGUGAAGGAUUAAUUUGUUUCGAUAGAGUUCAACCCUCUAACAACUCAAGAUGGGUUGCAAAUUGACAUUUGUCGACGACGUACUAAAUCGUUCGUUUUACAAACUGGGCCUGAUAGUGGGAAAGCAGCCAGGGUACUUCAUCAUCAUUCCGGUCUUGCUAACCCUGCUUAUGGUCACCGGUUAUCAACGGAUUCACUAUGAGAUGGACCCUGAGUAUCUCUUCUCACCCGUCAGUGGUCAGGGGAAGCUGGAAAGGAGGAUAGUCGAAGAACACUUCAAAGUCAACUACUCCCAUAGAUUUAACGUCGGAAGGAUUACUCGAGCGGGUAGGUUCGGCCGAGUAAUUAUAGUAGCGAAGGACAACAUCACAAACAUGCUGCGUACAGAAGUAUGGAAGGAACUUCGUGAACUGGAUGAACUGGUGCAGAACAUAACAGUGACUUUGCCAACUGGAGAGACCUUUACCUACAGAGAGGAGUGCGCCAAAUGGGAGGGACAGUGCUUCGUCAACGAUAUUCUAAAUCUGGAUAAGAUUAUUGGAGAGGUGGAGCGUGGCGAAUUGAACCUGACUUUUCCUAUAAUGUUCAAUCCUGUGACAUGGGAAGCGCACGCAUUCCCCGUGUACUUCGGCGGCGCCAGGGUGGUCGACGACACGAUCGUUUCCGUACCCGCCGUCCAGCUUGUCUGGUUCGUCAGGACUGAUAAUAAAUUACAACAAGAACGAGGUGCGGCGUGGGAGGAUGCUUUUCUCGACGAAGUGGGCAUAGCUGAAGACACGGGCCGAUUCAAACACAUUUCCGUCGCCCGCUUCGCAUCUCGAACUCUCGACCACGAACUGGAGAAGAACACACGGACUGUCAUACCUUUCUUCAGCUCUACUUUCAUUUUAAUGGGCAUAUUCUCCAUCAUUACCUGCAUGAUGGGAGACUGGGUGCGCUCGAAACCAUGGCUCGGUCUUUUAGGAAAUAUUUCCGCAGUCAUGGCUACGGUGGCGGCAUUCGGAUGCGCGAUUUAUUUAGGAAUUUCAUUCAUCGGAAUCAAUUUAGCUGCGCCAUUCCUAAUGAUCGGCAUCGGCAUCGACGAUACGUUUGUGAUGCUGGCGGCGUGGCGGCGCACAUCCCCACAGCUGCCGGUACCACAGCGCAUGGCCACCAUGUUGUCCGAGGCAGCUGUCUCUAUUACCAUCACCUCCGUCACAGACAUGCUUUCCUUCUUUAUCGGUAUCUUCUCGCCGUUCCCCUCGGUGCAGAUAUUCUGCAUGUAUUCAGGUCUGGCUGUAUGCUUCACGUUUGUGUGGCACCUGACAUUCUUCGCGGGCUGCGUGGCAGUUUCGGGCUACCGCGAGAAGCAGAACCGACACACCAUCACCUGGCUCAAAGUAUUGCCGGAGUCGAGGGCACGCAAAGAAGAGAAGUCAUGGCUUUAUCGGAUAUUCUGUAGCGGUGGAAUCGAUGUCGCCGACCCGGACAACCCGAUAGACAACAAAGAGCAUUGUAUUAUGGCUUUCUUCAAAACCACAAUGGCCAAUAUACUCAACAACAGCCUAGUAAAGGCGCUAGUGAUCGUUGUAUUUCUGUUAUAUCUUGCCGGAGCCGGUUAUGGAGUAACUAACCUUAAAGAAGGUUUAGAAAGAAGGAAGCUGUCUAAGGUUGAUUCGUACUCUGUUGAGUUCUUCGAUAGAGAAGAUCUUUAUUACAGAGAAUUCCCUUAUAGAAUACAGGUUGUGAUCACUGGGAAUUACAAUUAUUCCGAUCCGCAAGUGCAAGACGAAGUUGAAACGCUGACACAAAAGUUGGAGAACACAUCGUACAUAUCGAACUCACUAUACACAGAGUCGUGGCUGCGAACUUUUGUCAAUUACGUAUCGAGGAAUAACGAUUAUCUGAACGUCACCAUCGACAAUGAAGUUGAUUUUAUUAAAAAUCUGAAGGAGUUAUGGCUGUUCCCAGCAAAUCCGUUUUCUUUGGACGUUAAAUUCAACGAAGCAGGGAAUCAAAUUGUAGCUUCUAGAUUUUUAAUUCAAGCCAUUAAUAUCAGUGGUACGAAUCAUGAGAAAGAAAUGGUCAAAGCUCUCAGGGAAGUUGUGGCCGAGUCGCCUCUCAACGCCUCUGUCUUCCAUCCAUACUUUGUCUUCUUUGAUCAGUUCGAACUCGUCAGGCCAACGUCAAUACAGAAUCUCUGCUACGGAGCGCUCAUGAUGAUGAUUACAUCGUUUAUAUUUAUCCCCAAUAUCUUAUGCUCUUUAUGGGUAGCCUUCAGUAUAAUUUCUAUAGAGAUUGGAGUCGUGGGAUACAUGGCACUAUGGGAUAUCAAUCUAGAUUCCAUAUCCAUGAUCAAUUUAAUAAUGUGCAUAGGAUUUUCCGUCGACUUUACAGCCCAUAUCUGCUACGCCUACAUGGCUUCUAAAGCAAAAACACCAGAUGAGAGAGUAAGCGAAUGUCUGUAUUCAUUAGGACUUCCAAUAGUUCAGGGUUCAUUCAGCACUAUUCUAGGAGUAGUGGCGUUGUUGCUGGCAGACAGUUAUAUCUUUUCAGUCUUUUUCAAAAUGGUAUUCAUGGUCAUAUUCUUUGGCGCGAUGCACGGAUUAUUCCUGCUGCCAGUUCUACUGUCACUCUUCGGUCCGGGAUCGUGCACGAGAAAAACUAAUGACGUUAAAGUGUUAAAAGUGGAAAAACCUUUCCCCCAUCCAUAUAUUUUACCUCAUCCUCAACUGGUAUUAAACGAUCAGAUUUUUAACGGAAAAAACAUCAGUCCCAAUGGUGUGUACAAGAUAUACGGCGAUGAUAAGGACUUAGGCAUCGGCACUUCGGGCGAGGACACGAGCGAAAGCAGCUCCAACCAAUCUCAGAGAAGACAGAUCGGCAACGAUGGAAACUCGAGGAAGAAGUAUGAAGACGGAUGGAAACGAUCGAGUUACCAGAGUACCAGUCAAUUCCAGCCUUCAGGUGAAUUAGAUCUUUAUGGGCAUGACACAGACAGGACUUGGCAAAGACAACGCCACGAGGACGGUCGUCGAACGGGGGAAAACUAUCGGAGAAGCCGUGAGCUACACAGAGACGAUGAUUGGGUCGCACAGCGCAAAACAAGCGACGCGGGCCCUCGCCGUGAAGGUCCAUACAGGGUGAUGCGAGCGCACUCACAUCACAACAUCCACAGGAACCGAGCGCCCAGACGUUCCAACUCCCACCACAACCUAGAACAUUUAGAUUACGUGGCAGAGAUGCGUUUUCCUUGACAAUAACCAAACAACCUCUCUAUUGUAUACAAAUUUAGAUAAAGUUUAAUUCAAGUGCUCAAUGUUUGGACCAAAGUUUUACUUUUCCUGUGUGGGAAUUGAAAAUGUUUUGCGCUUAAUUGUAUAAAAAAAAGUUGUAUUAAUAUUAUUGUAACGUGUACUAUCCAUCAUAAGAUUAGGAUUAUAGGAUAUGUAAGGUGAUAAUAUGCGAGACAUAACUAUGGAAGAUUGCGAUCAAAAGCUUGAAAAGGGGAAUUCCCAACGGCUCCCAAAUUCGUUAGAAUAUGACAGAAUAUAUCACUGUAUAACGCAUGUCCCAAAUAUUUUGCGAUUAGAAAAUCCCAGUUUCGCAUAUAAUAUGUAGGUAGGAAUUGAUAUUUAUAAUACUAUGUUAUUGAAACACUUUAUCGGAGGAAGAGAUAUGAAUCAAGGUUAUGAAUAAUUUAUUUCCAGUUUAAUUACGAGUUCCUAAUGUCUAUAUACAAAUAUAGGCUAACAAAAUCGAUUUCAAAUCAAUUAUGCUACGCUCUUAAUCUGAAAAAGUGUUGAAAUUCCAAAUAGAUAAGUUUUAUUUGAAUAGUGUGAGUUUGCACUGGCGAAACAUUAUUAUAAAACAUGUUUUAUCAACAUAUGUGUAAACUCACGGCUGUAGAUCUGGGAUGGGUGUGUCUUAGCCUUAUAGAACCUUGUACAUACGUGUAUUUAAUAUCUCCAUCAAUAUACAAAGCUUUAACGUUACCUUUUUAAAACUGUGUACAUAUUAUUUUGUUAUAUUUCUGCUGCCAUGUAGUCUCCCACAUACAAUCCAUGUAUUUCUUUACAUUAUAGGUCAUAAUAUCUCGAGGUUUUUAUACCAAUUUCCCUGAAAUACUUGACGAGCAAGAAUUACUUGUGGUCAUUAUUUACCUUUAUAAAUACUACCCGUGCACAAUAACAUGUAACCUGUGCCCAUAGACGUCACCGAUAAGACACAUUAGACGUCGUUUUUUUCUCUGAUCAAGUUUCAUGUUAUUUUAGUAAAGUUUCUCUGUAUAAAUGACAAUCAUAAAACUUGUGGCUUCUGCGGCCAUUGCUAA